UCAGUUGCACCGCGACCGUCGGGCAGAGCGCACGUCACGGUCGCUUUAAAUUUCGAACUCGAUACGAACGAAUCAUGUGGACGAGUUUUAAAUAAAAAAAAAUAGUGUUUUUUUUUUAAAGAGUGUUGUGUUUUAGACAAUGGCGGUGUAUUUUGGUGUCUUGUUGUGCGUAGUGGGGGUGUUAGGGUUCAAUGUGGACAUACCGUCCAGGGUGGUUUAUAAGGGUAGCGCUGACUCUAUGUUUGGAUUCACAGUGCAAGCGCAUGUUGAUAAAGGCCAGAAAAUGAUCCUGGUGGGGGCGCCAGAAGCGGACUCGCAGUACCUGUCAGCGAACAGGAAACCUGGCGCGGUGUACCGCUGCGAGGCUGGCCAGAGAGGCUACGAGCGAGACACGCCGCUCGACCACUGCCAGGAAAUGUGGUUCGACAAGAAGAGAGGCAAUACUCGGGAUAAGCAGCAGAACCCGAUAGACGAGAAGUCUAACCAGUGGUUCGGGGCUACCCUCAGCAGCACAGGGAAAAAUGGACCCAUUGUGGCCUGCGCCCCUCGCUACGUCUCGUUCGUGAAUCACCGCCUGCAGCACCGCGACCCGGUGGGCGCAUGCUUCGUCGCUUCGUCCUCGGACGGAAAUGAUGUCAAAGAAUUCUCUCCUUGUCGCACCCAUUUCAAAACCGUGGACGAGGCGAGCCAUGGGAACAGGAAGACUGGGGUGUGCCAAGCUGGAUUCUCUGCUGCUAUUUCCAAGGAUGUCAACGGAUUCGAGCGUUUAUUCAUGGGAGCACCUGGCAGCUGGUACUGGCAAGGGCGAACAAUAUCAAUAGAUCCUAAGGAGCCAUUCAACAGCUACUAUAUGAAAAUACCGGAGGAAGGUCAGAUAUACUCCCAGAGCGUUGCCUCGAACCCUAUCCUGAUUGCCACUCCAGAAGCCAACCCCAAGUAUGACGACUCGUACAUGGGUUAUUCGGUGGCUGUGGGAGACUUCGCUGGUACUAAACAGCAAGGAGUUGCUGUCGGUAUGCCGAGGGGAGCUGGGCUGAAAGGCUUGGUGGUCCUCUAUACCUGGGAUCUACAGAACAUCCAGAACAUCAGCGGCUCUCAGAUCGGCGCCUAUUUCGGCUACAGUCUGGCCUCUGGCGACAUCGAUGGCGACGGCCAAGAUGACGUCAUCGUCGGCUCGCCCAUGUUCAGCAAACCUAAGAGCGACGGCUUCGAGCAUGGGAGGAUCUACGUCAUUUACCAGGGGAAAGAUAGGUCAUUUUCGAAGAGCCAUUGGAUCACCGGAGAGGUAUCCAGGGGUCGUUUCGGUUUGUCCGUCGCAUCGCUUGGUGACAUCAAUUAUGACGGUUUUGGAGAUAUUGCAGUAGGAGCUCCAUACGGCGGCGAGCACGGUCGCGGCGUCGUCUACAUCUUCCAAGGCAGCGAGACCGGCAUCAGGGACAAGUACUCCCAAGCUAUAAAGGCAGAAGACAUCUCUCCAUACUUAACGACCUUCGGUUUCUCCUUGUCUGGAGGCGUUGAUUUGGACGAUAAUAGCUACAAUGACUUGGCUGUUGGCGCUUAUAAAUCGGACAGUGUUGUGUUUUUGAAGUCCCGACCGGUAGUAAAAGUGAUGGCCGAAGUGAAGUUUCAAGAGGAUACUAAGUUGAUAUCAUUGACAGAUAAACGUUGCACCACUAGGGACGGGACUAGAGCCGUCUGCUCCAAGCUUAUUUACUGCCUGCAGUACGGCGGUAUCAAUGUAGACCGACAAAUUGAAUUCAACGUGAGCUUGGACCUUGACUCCAGGAAGACAACGACCAAGAGGAUCUUGACCGAGCGACGAGAGACCUCCUAUACGACAACCAUUGUGCUCGUACAGGGCGAACAGAAGUGCGACAGCCUCACCGUUUAUUUGGAUGAGGAGAUCCGCGACAAGCUAACCCCCAUCGAAGUGAAGAUGACGUACAACCUGAUGAGCCAACCGCACGGUGACAUCGUACCGCCGGUCCUGGACCAGACGCAGAGCGUUCAGGCCGCAGACUCCCUGAAUAUACAGAAGAACUGUGGUCCGGACAACGUGUGCAUACCUGAUCUGCAUAUGCAGGUUUCCUCGCCGAUAAGAGAAUACACCCUCGGCUCCGGAGAGAACAUCAACCUCGACGUGACAGUCGCGAACAGCGGCGAGGACGCCUUCGAAGCGACUUACUACCUGAAGAUCCCUGCUGGAGUCACCUUCGCCAAGAUGGAGAGGCUGGAUAAAGACAGUGAAGCCAGUCAAGCCAACAUUUACUGCUCGGUCAUUGGUGGGAAGGACGUUAGUCUGAAUACCACUUUGAAGUGUGAUCUGGGCAAUCCUAUGUCUAGAGAUGAAAAGGUCCGUUUCCGCGUGGUCCUCGAAGUCGACACGACGGUUUCCAGUAUGAUGUUCGAUAUGGAGACCAACUCGACGAAUCCUGAACAGAACACCAAUUAUGACAACGUGCAGCAUCUCUCUAUCGGUGUCGUGGUUAAAGCUAUGUUGUCAGUCAUUGGUACCUCCGACCCUCCCGAGCUGCACUACAACGCCUCCCUCUACGAGUUGGAGAACUUCACCGAUGAGGCCAAGCUCGGCCCUCAGGUCAUUCACAAGUACCAGAUCAAGAACGAGGGACCUUUCACCGCCGAUGAGACUGAGUUUUACAUCAUGUGGCCGUACCAGACUCUUACAGAGGAAAACCUGAUGUACAUGCUUGUACAGCCUCAGCCCUUGGGCAACGUGCGGUGCGAUGUAGCCCGCAACGUCAACCCGGCCAACCUGAUCGUGUCCUCGCCCUACGUGUCUUGGCUAAACAAGGAGAAGGAAGCCAUGGAAAGCAGUGAAUUCGCAUCCAUAUACAGAGAAUAUAUAGCUCAGAAUUCCCGUGACUGGUAUGAACAAAGAUAUUACUCCGGCAGCCAAGCUGGUCAGUUCAUCGGAGAAGCAGGUAGACAGUAUGGCCAAUCAGGUGGAAGCUACAGCCAAUCAGGAGGCAGUUACCGCCAGUCCGGCGGCAGCUCCAGCCAAUCAGGCGGUGGCUACAGGCAAAAUGGCGGCUCUAGCUUCUCUGGUUCUUACGACAGAAACUCCAUACUAGCCCAAGAGGAAGCCAGAAAGAGAAUGGAAGCAGAAGCGGUAGCUAGGGAACAGUUCAACAGCCUCUUUGGUGGAAAAUUCGACUACAAUCGAAAUCGCGAUGAAAUACCGAAAGAUUAUACCGUGACGAAAUAUUUGAAUAGGACGGUUGUGUAUGAUGACCAGAAUAGGAUAGUGUGGCAAGCGGAAACUAGCACCGAAUAUGGAGGGCUGAUGGGCCAAGAAGCUGGAGGGUCUUACCAUGCAUCUGGCAACCAAGGAUACUUCGGCCAGCAAGGUUCCCGAGGCGUCAUAACGCACAGUGGAUCCCAAGGAUCCUAUCAAGGUGGUUCCGUACCGUUCGUGCAUCGAGACUUCGCGACUACGGAGACGGUUAACCGUGAUAUCAUCAACCGGGAUUCGGCGACGUACAGGGCUGGUCUGACGAGCGUUGGUGACAGUGAGGAUGAAAUUGGAGGCUUCGGAGCGCAAGCAGCACAAGGAGUUAACGGCGAAUUCAGAAGCGGUGUAACUGGAGUAGGCUACGACAGUCGACAGUCAGCCAGCCAGGGAAGCCAAGCCUUCGGUGGAAGACAAUCGGGCCAAAGUUACCAGGGCGGGUAUUCGGGAUCCCAGGGCCAGGGUUACCAGGGCGGACAGUUCUCGCAGUCAGGUUCAAGCUCGAGAACUGGUGGAGGAUAUUCCUAUUCAAGCCAUUCUGAAUCAGGAUAUAGUGCACAAGCUGGAGGCAGCUAUUCAUCAGGACAAAGACACGAAAGCGCCAGAAGAAAACGAGAGGAUCAGUUCCAGGUUGACAGUCAGCUGAGCGCUCUUUUGAAGAGCUGUAACGAGAAGUACAAGUGCGCAGUGGUCCACUGCGCUACCGGAAGGUUGCUCAAGGGACAAGAAGUCUGGGUUGCCCUGCGGACAAGACUCAACGCGAGUGUGCUCAAUGAGAUCUCAAAAGACCGUCCAGUGAAGCUCUCCUCCCUCGUGGCUGCCCAUGUCACUCAGCUCCCAAUAGUGGGUUCCCCGAAGCACACGCACUGGCACCAGGCUGAAGCCCAGACGCUAGUCACCCCACAGCUGGGCGCCGCUGAGAGCGGCUCCAUACCGCUAUGGGUGAUCAUUUUAGCUGCCAUUGUGGGCGCUUUAUUGUUGUUGCUGUUGAUCUUCGCUUUGUAUAAGUGCGGCUUCUUCAAGCGUAACCGCCCCUCAGACCACAACGAGCGCCAGCCCCUGAACGGUCGCGACGAGCACCUCUGAUACCCGCCCGCGGAGCCAGUUGCCUCCGCCACCACCGCCACUUCAGCCACCUCCGAGACUUCUGUAACCUCCUCCAGCAGCUCAACAGAUGCUGCGAGUGACGUCACCAGCAGGGACUCUACUAGUUUUGAUAGGUAUUGAAAGUUAAAAGUGAAAUUUCAAAGCGCAGUUGGUAUUCUGAUCUGAAGCAUUCGCAGGCUGCCCCGUACAAACGCAUUUUAUUUCGUGUAUAAGAUUUUUUUUCGCCUUUUAUAGCCGAUGCUUAUUCUCUGGGUCAGGCCAUUUAUAUAGAAAAUUAAACUUAUCUACCCGUAAAGGCUAGAAAUCUUCAGAGACAACGGUAGACAAAUUUUGUGGAAUGAACCUUCUACGGAAUUGUUUACGUACAGAAUUUUUUAAAGAUUGUAUUUUUCUAUAACAAAAAGAGUUGUAAAUGCUUAGAAAAAUGUAGAAGGCGAAAAAAGUGCAUUUGAGCGGGACAGGCCUGUUGUAGAUCGAAAAAAGUGAAUUGCGUAUUUGGACAAUGGACAUUGUCAGUAGUGUUUCGCUUUUAGAAAAAAUCUAAAUAUUUUUGAUAAGUAGGUACCUAGUCUUAGCUUUAUGCUAAAUAAUUUGUUUUAAAAUAUUUGUAAAGCACUGCCGUAGUUAAAGCUACACACUUGUACUUUCAAGCCAUAUCUUAAUUAGGGUAGGGAUCUAAAUGGUGUAUUAUAGAUGUUUUUAGGAGUGACAUUAAAAGUUGAAGGAACUUUUUGUUUUUAAAACGAAAGUUUGAUGGUGGUGAUGGACGGAGAGCAGUUGGAAAUUGUGAAUUUUAUAUUGAUACGACUGAGCUAUGGUUGAAAAACAUUUAUUGCUUUGUUUAUUUUUUCAAACUCUUAUGAAUAGGGUUUGUAAAUGACCGUUUUCCAAAAAAAGUGUACACUUCAUUCAUGUCUUCAAAAUAUUGACUUCUUGGGCUCAUUUUACUCAGAAUCAUUUGUACAUUCACGCCUCAUACAUGAAAACAUGUAUCCCAAAAUUUUGUACUAAUAUUUUUUUUUCCAGUGCGUCACGUUCAUACUAAUAAAAUAAAUUCAUACAAGAAUGUGACGAUCUGGAAAGGAAAUCUUUGGACACAUUUUUUCAUGUAUGAGGCUUAAAUGUACAAAUGAUUCUGAGUAAAAUGAGACGAAGAAGUCAAUAUUUUGAAGACAUGAAUGAAAUGUACACUUUUUUUGGAAAACGCUCAAAUAUUGUAGGUAUUUGUACACUAUACUUACGUUGUAAUAUAACUUUAUACAUAAAAGUAAUUUCAACUUUUUUCUACUUUGCCCUAUCUUUUAUUCAGGAGGCGUAUUUGGUCUCCUGGACAUUUUAACUUCGUUUUUGAUGUUUCCAUAGCUCAGUUGUCAAAAUGGUUGUCCGAAAGUUGUACAUUUACUAGCAUAACAUACAGUCAUUUAACAUAACUAGAUGUGUCAUAAAAAGUGCCUCGAGAUUGUUAAGGGAGUUCCAAUCUUGGUAAUUUUUUGAGAAAAAUGUUCUAAGAUUUGGAUUUCUGGUUACUGUAAUUUAUUUUUUACUACUAGUCAUACUAAAUACAUAAUAUUAUUUCGGUGCCCUGUGUUAGUAUGUAGAGGAACAAAAUUUUAAUAGAAGAUGAUAUUGUGGAGGUGUGAUAAUGUAUGUGUUGGUAAUACCUUUUUUCACGAAAAAUGUGGUUUAUUUAGUUCAAAUCAAUAUAAAAAUCACUUGAUCUAUUAAUUUCUAUCGGGAAUAUACGAGAUAACGCCAUGUCAAUUACAUCUUAAACGAAGACAGAGUUCUAAAAUAAAAUAUUAUUAUUAUAUUUACCGAUGUAUAUUUUUAUCAGCAGUGCCAUACGCGUAGGUACAAUACAUGGAAAUGAAUAACUAGAAAUAAAAGAAAUGAGCCAUUAAUGUACACGGGAAAAGGUAUUACAUGUAAAAGAGAAAAUGUGAUCUAAGUUUUAGUAUAGAAAUGUAACUAAAUUUAACAUUAUUCGAAUUUCUUUGGCUAACUGAACUACAAAGGGGUGUAAAUGCUAAAAAGGGAUACUUAUAAAUAAUCAAGGAAGGCAUAUCUCCUACUAAAUAAGGAAUGUAGAUGGCGUGUGUAAUAUUUUCAACAUUUAGCCAUUUUUUGGCAUAUUAAGGUGGAUACCCCACCGGAGUUAACUUUUGUGCAGCAACACUUUGCAAUACGAUAACAUUCGGUAACUUUUCCUAGUUAUUUCCUGUUGCAUUGUGUUACUCGACAGUUGCUCCAUGAGAGUUAACUGUGGCAUGGAUGCACAUUUAGCAGAAAUUACAUAGGUGUACAAAAAACACUAGAUGGCGUUGCCGGUUAAGCGUGAGAUUUUAUAUGUUAGACCAAUAUUACGACAGAAGAAACGUUUGUGAUUUAAUCGAAAGUGGAAUAAAACAUAUCCAAACUAAAGCAAUAUAUUACGAAAUAUUUUAAUAAAAUUAUAAGAAUCUCAUCAAACUUAAAAUCCGUGCCUUAUGUCUAUAUCGGAAGAGCUUUUGCUUAAUAAAUAUACCUAAUUAUUCUAUACCCAUUUGGGCAUUUAAAAUAAUGGCUAACUUAAAAAAAGCACGUGCCUUCUGGGUCUGCCAGUUACUAACUAAUUAUAAAAUAAUGUAAAUAUUCUAAAGUAUCUUUGUUUCUUCUUGAAAUGUUGUUUUACUUUCGUUCGUCAAAAAUAAGAAUGAUUUUUUAAUCUAUGAAAACAUAAUUUUUUUAAUAAUUGGCCAAAUAAAAUCUAAAACAAAUAUUUUUAAAUUUUGUUAAUAUUUUAGAAAGAUGUUGAUUUUUAUUUUAGAUUUAAUAUCGUAUUUCAGGAAGAAACAAAAAUAAUAGUAAUAACGCGAUAAUUGUGAAAUUGUUAAUUUAAUAUUUUAAUUAUUUAUUUGACUCGUUUAUUAAUAAGUCAGCUUGUACUUAUGGUUAACGGAAACUAAAAUAUUUGAAGCUGUUUGAAUGUGACGGAUGAGUAAUGUUCGGUAAUUUUUUGCAUUUACCAAAAAAAAAUCUUUUAAUAAAAAUUUUGUUUUUCA